AUGUUCGCCCGCAAACAUCUUCUGUUUCUGCUGCAUGCAGUGAUAUGUGGCCUUCACGUCGUGGCAGGUCUUGCGUUGCCCGCCGCAGGGGAGCAGUCCGAUUUUGUCUCACACAAUGAGAACCUGGAGAGACUGGCGCAAUUGGAACCUCGAGCGCCAUUCGCUGGCGGUAUACCCUUGAGGAUAAUGCCUCUUGGGGCAUCCAUCACAUUCGGCGUGGCAUCCUCGGACGGGAAUGGGUAUCGGAAAACCCUCCGGGACGGGAUUGUUGCCCAGGGAAAUCAAGUCAACUUCGUCGGGAGCCAUCCCAACGGCACCAUGGAGGAUAACGAGAACGAAGGCUGGCCUGGAUAUGUCAUCACCCAAAUCCAUGACAAGUCACGCGCCUUCGUACCUCAAUGCCAGCCUAAUGUGUUUCUCGUGAACGCUGGGACCAACGAUUGUAUCCAGGACAUUGACAUCCCUGAAACUUCGAUAAGGAUAGCUAGCAUGAUGGAGGACAUGUACAAGCAGUCUCCAAGGGCGACAGUUAUCCUGUCGACGUUGCUGCCCAACGCCCAGCAGGCCACAGAGCAGCGCGUGGAAACGGUCAAUAACCAGUACAGGAAAUUGGUGAUGGACUUGCAAUUGAGAGGAAAGCGAAUCGUCCUUGCCGAAAUGCGAGGCUCUAAUGGCGUGGUCAUUGGCGAUAUAGGACCCGACGGUGUGCACCCCAAUGAUACCGGAUACAAAAAGAUGUCGGCGAUAUGGUUGGACGCGAUCAGCCGGGCGGCGGCAAAGGGAUACCUUCGCCGCCCAGAGGACAACGGAUUGCCAGAUAACGGCGCAACCGCGUAG